AAUUUACAAAGGAAGGAACCCGAAGAAAUCACCGAUGAAGCAACAGAUUAUCUUCUCCUAGGUUUUAGCGAUACAGAAAAAAUUUUAGGUGCUGUUCCUGUGAACAUUCAAAAAACUGAUAUUGAAGAUAUCGUAUCAAUGGAAGUCGAUGAUGAAGGAAAAUUGGUCACAAUAUUAAUUCUUAAUGCUAGCACCAGGAUGCCAAAGUAA